AGGUCCUGCUGUAGACUUGUAUCUGUGAACCCUGCUUGCUGGUGCAAUGCAGAUGUCAGCUCGACAUCUCUACCUUUUUGUUCUGAAUGGGAAGAUAAAGACUAUCGGUGGCACUGCUUUCCUUUGUGACAGUAAAUUGUGUUGCAAGCUACAGCAACGACAUCAAAAGUCAUGGAGGGAGAUACUGGGAUGUACAUAUUUUCUUAAAAGUUCAAAACCAUGGAAAACUGUGGGAAAUUGUUCAAAAUAUACUCUGAUAAGGAGCUACAGCACUACUCCUGUACGGUAUUAUCUCACCCCUCCACAAGUCAACAGUAUUCUGAGAGCGAAUGAAUACAACUAUAAAGUCCCUGAAUUUGAUGGGAAGAAUGUCAGUUCUGUGCUGGGAUUUGAUAGCAAUCAGUUGCCUGCAAAUACACCAAUUGAAGACCGGAGGAGUGCUGCUACAUGUCUGCAAACUGGAGGAAUGCUAACUGGUGUGUUUGAUGGCCAUGCAGGCAGCGCUUGUGCUCAAGCUGUUAGUGAAAGGCUUUUUUACUACAUUGCAGUGUCACUACUUCCCCUUGAGACACUAUUAGAGAUUGAAAAUGCAGUGGAAAAUGGUAGACCUGUACUGCCAAUUUUACAGUGGCACAAGCACCCAAAUGACUAUUUUAGUAAGGAAGCAUCCAAGUUAUAUUUUAAUAGUUUGCGGACAUACUGGCAGGAGUUAAUUGACUUGAACACUGGUGAAACGCCAAACAUUAAAGAUGCUUUAAUUGGUGCAUUCAAAAGGCUUGAUAAUGACUUAAGUUUAGAAGCUCAAGCAGGUGACCCUAAUUCUUUUGUAAACUACUGGGUGCUGCGAGUUGCAUUCUCUGGUGCAACCUCUUGUGUUGCACAUAUUGAUGGUGUGGAUUUGCAUGUUGCUAAUGCUGGUGACAGUAGGGCAGUACUUGGUGUCCAAGAAGAAGAUGGCUCUUGGACUGCAGUAACUUUGUCUAAUGAUCAUAACGCACUGAAUGAAAAUGAAGUCAAAAGAGUUGUAUCUGAGCAUCCAAAGUCUGAGGAGAAGACUGUUGUUAAACAAGACCGGUUGCUUGGGUUACUUAUGCCCUUUAGGGCUUUUGGAGAUGUGAAGUUCAAGUGGUGCAUUGAACUUCAGAAGCGAGUGCUCGAGUCUGGCCCUGACCAGCUAAAUGAGAAUGAGUACACAAAAUUCAUCCCACCAAACUAUCACACUCCACCAUACCUUACAGCGACACCUGAAAUCACAUACCACAGACUGAGGCCACAGGACAAAUUCUUGGUUUUGGCCACAGAUGGCCUUUGGGAAACUUUGCACAGGCAAGAAGUGGUUAGAAUUGUGGGGGAGCACUUGACUGGCAUGCAUCUACAUCAGCCAGUAAAUGUAGGUGGUUACAGGGUGUCUCUAGGACAAAUGCAUUGUCUUUUGAUGGACAGGCAGGCUAGGUCUGCAUCUUUUUUUGAAGAUCAGAAUGCUGCAACUCGACUAAUAAGGCAUUCAGUAGGAAAUGGCGAUUUUGGAGCGGUUGACCAAGAGCGUCUUUCAAAGAUGCUUAGCCUUCCUGAAGAGCUUGCCAGAAUGUACCGGGACGAUAUAACAAUUAAUGUCAUACAGUUUAAUUCUCAUGUAAUAGCUGCAUACCAUAGAAUGGGUUCAGGAGAUAGUGAUGCACAGUAAUAUUAAGAUGAGUGUUUGUGCAUUGUCGUAAAUCAUGGAUAGAUCGGCUGUGAAGAACCUGAGACUGUGUAGUGCAGUCAUAGAACUGACAUGUGGUGCUACUAUUAAUCCCUUAACAUGAGUCCAGAACUACAUCCUGUUCCAUUUGCACCUUUGUGCUCAGUUGCUAAAAAUCAAAUCUCUGCUUUUCUUGUCACCUAGAUUGCAUUCCUGUCUCUAAAUUGGUUAAUGGCAUUAAUCCAGUCCAGAACUACUUUUUUUUUUUUUUUUUUCCUUAUUCUUUUUUGGGAGGUGCCUUGUUAAAGUAAGCAGAAAUGUUAAAUCCUAUUUAGUUUCAGCUUGCUUUUUAUGUUACAGUCCGUGUGAAUUUUGAAAAUGUAAAAUGCUGAGUAAAGGUUUUUUUCAGUGUGGUAGAGUGACAGCAAGCAUACUGCCAUUCCUGUGCACAUGGCCACUUUUAUCCCUUGUGUUUUUUUUUUAAUUUUUAAUGAGUGAACUUCAGUGUGCUAGGCUCCAUGAUUGGGUGAUUACAGACCUGCUUUAGUUGACUUUGGGUAGCAGCCCAGGUACUAGAAGAGCCAUUAGGCAAGGGGAAGGUGUGAAAAUGUCUAAUCGUCUUGUCUGUUCCAGGUGGGAGGGGUGAGGGGGGGGCAUGUCCCAAUGUGCUCAUCAUAUUAAUGAAUCUCAGGUAAAAGCUAGGGAUGUAGUGAAAGCUAUUCUGACAGAGGGAGGGUGUGAAUGCUUUAGGGGCUGUACCACAUGUGGAAGUGGCUGGCAUUCCCAUGCUGUACCCAUUAGAUUCCCCUAACUUGAGAGCACAUGUGAAUUGCUGGGGUAUAACACAAAAAAUCCCUAAUAACUGCUUGGAUGGUAGCUGUGCUAUGAUUGGUGCUAGUCUGGUAGGGACCACACGUGGAAGUGGCUGGCAUUCCCAUGCUGUACCCAUUAGAUUCCUCUAACUUGAGAGCACAUGUGAAUUGCUGGGAUAUAACACAAAAAAUCCCUAAUAACUGCUUGGAUGGUAGCUGUGCUAUGAUUGGCGCUAGUCUGGUAGGGAACAAAUGUCCAGAACCAUUGUGACCCGCCAGGUGGUUGCAUGGUGGGGGAAGAGGACAAAAAAGGUGAACUUUUAAAUACUAGAAUGUAUUUAAAUCUUUAAGAAUUAGCAGAGUAUUGGGAAUGUAACAUUGUUGAUGGUUUGGGUUUAAACUGUUGAUAAAAAGAUGUGUAGAGCAUUUCAAGCUCUUCCUACUGGCACAGUAUUGGCAAGUUCAUGUUUGAGCUUACCCCCUUUGGGAAGGAAAAUAUGAAUGGAGUUGCAAAAAAAAAAAAGGAUUGGGAGGUAUAGAAAACUGGGUGAAUUUUUAUACAAGUUACAUUUCUAAGGACUGUAUCUGGAAAAGCCCUUUGUGCGCAGGUGACACUUUUCAGGGGAGACCUGAAUUGCAUCUGAGAGACUAGGUUCAGGUAGCAUGUAAGAUUGACACAUGACCCAUCCCAUUACUUUGAGAUGUACUGUGCAGAGUGGAGAUGGGACACCUAUGUGUCUGAGUCGUUAUAGUAUAAUUGUCAACAGCAUUCUACUUUUGCAUUUUGAGGCUGUAUCAGAACUCCAUGUGAAUACUGCCUUUCCGUUCCCUUACAUGUACACUUGUCAUAGUAAUUUCCUGUGGUUGGAAACUACAGCUGUUCUACCUUAUCUUUUAAUUCUGUAGCUCUUUUUAAACCUUCAGUUUCUAACUGAAUUGGGAUAGUCAGGGUGCUGAUCUGCAUGCAUUCGAGUGGAAUUCUAACACACAUGCAUACCAUGCUGGUAGUGUGUAGAUACCCAUUUGCAUUGACAGAAAGUGACAUUUGUGACGAGUGCUUUGUGCCACUUAUUAACAAAUAAUUUCCAUAGUUGCAAGUGUCAUGCACAACCGCUUUUUUUUUUUUUUUUUUUUUUUUUUUCCUUCUUCAUUGACAAAUUUUAAAUGCAAUGCUAUACUGCUGCUUCCAGAUUUUCUUCUGGAAUCCUUUUUCUUAUGUCAUGUGUGUGACAAUACGUGACAUGCUGAUAUAUUUUGUGUAUGUAAUAUACUUCUGUCAGUAUUUGUGUCUUGUAUGUCAUUUCAUGUUUUUUGUUUCUAUCCCCCUGUUCUUUAUCAGUGCAGUACAAUUGAUACCUAUAGUACAAAGUCUGAAGAGCAGUGUAUAGGUAGUUUAAUAGCUAAUGUUCAUACACUCAUUGGUUAUUUUAAAGCCAUGUAGCUCUGUUGCCAUGCCUUCCAUGUAGCCAGUGUUUAAGCUACCUGGAAAUUGAAGCACUUACUGCUCGGGUACAUAGUUUUUCAAGUGGGUGUUUAAAAAGUAGGCUGCUGUUUUUAAAUGUGUAAUGUAUUUGUUUCUACAUGUUUCUGUUCUCCAGGCAGAUUCUAACACUGGUGUAUAACCAUGAACGAUACGGCUUUUAAUAUUUUGAUGCACUGUCCUAAAGGUGUUUUAAAGUGGUCUUUUGGCACAGCAGCAAACCUGAUGUAUAAAGGACAGCUGUUUACUACAAAGAGUUGUGCUGUAAACUGUGGUUUCUCUCAGUUUGGUAGUUGAGGAAUUAUUUUGGCAUUUUUGCUUUAGUAGGGUGUAAUAAAAUGAAGCUGCUGAGGAAAGCAUGUACUGCUUGCAGUGAUUGUCACAUACUCUGAUCUUUUGUUUCUUUGCUGGAUGACUCCAUGCUUUAAUGUUUAAGGAAAACUGUCCAUGUAAGAACAGUAGGAAUGCCUGAGAUCUGGGUUGGUAAAAGAUCCAUUUUCUUUUAUUGAACCCUUUUUUCAAAUGAAGCACAUUUCUGUUGUGUUUGCUGCUUUGGUGUCCAGGCAGUCUUUGGAGUUUACCCCAAUUUUGUUACAGAAAAAAGUGCUACGUCAUCCCUGCCUCACUGUGUUAGAGGCUUAGAACUUGUAUUUGUUUACUUAAAAAUAGCUGGUAGCUGUUUGCAUCCUUAAAAAUACAAAAAGAAACACAUAUGAAUUCAUUAAUGGGGAAGAGGAGUGUUAAAUGCUGAUAAUCCACCCGGUUGUCCAAAGCUUUUCUUCAAAGCACAGUUUUAUAUAUGUUAUAGGGGAUACUGAAUAGGAAUUUUGAGGAGGUAAUAGUAGCACUACUUUUGCAGUGCCAGCCAAUUUAAUCCCAGGAUUCAGUAUUGUAAGAUCCACUAAAGUAAGUUACAGGUGAAUGUCCUUGUUAUGGCAGUUUCAUGGUGCCAUACUAAACAUGAGCCUAGAAGUACAGGUUGAGUAGUGACAGAAGCCUGGUACAGUUUGUCCAUUCUGUGCAGUCCAUCCAUAGUCUAGUAUUGUUCUAGGAAGUGAAUUUCUUCUAAAAAUCAUAUUAAAGAAAUGAAUUCAA